GAGAGAAGCUCCGGCAGCUCCUAAAGGAGCACGGCUCCUUUGGGGCCGUGGAAGUUCACGUCAAAAAACACCACAAGACGUUGCUGGGGAAAUCCAAGAAUGGCGGGUGGUACACCCGGCAAUACCUGCUCAAUGUGGCACAGUGGAGCAAGAAAAUGGUGGACAAUGCUUUCACCUGGGCCAAGUCCAAGGGACUGCUCCGGGUAAAUCCGGUGCAUGGGGAAGAAGAAGCAAGGCUUGUUUUGAACGAGUCUUUCGAGAUCGUAGACGAGGUUGGGACGACGACAGAGCUGUCUGGGAGCUUCGAAGCCGAGGAGCUGAUCCGUUAG